CAUUCUGUUUUCAGAAUCAAUCGUCAAGUAUCUUAAUAAAUUCCAGCACUGAUUCGUUGGACUUUUGCUAUCAAGAACGAGUAAAUUAUCAGCUGUUUGCAAAACAAGACUGCUUAUAAUUCCAAAUAUAUUACAACAGGGACAUAUUUAUAUUAACAUCGGAUUAGAUAAUACAUAAUAUGUUGCUAAAACAAAUAUUGACUACGGGUCAAAAACAAGUACGAUGUAUUUCUUCAGCCACGGCAGCUGUAACACGUCUGCAUCGUUCAGUUUACUGCCGCAUGUAUCCCACCGUCGUGGUGCAGCCCGAUGGAUCAACAAUCAAUAUACGCUAUCAUGAGCCUCGAAAAAUUAUUAAGUUGCCAUUGGAUCUGAGUACACUGAGUGAGGCUGAGCGGAAAGCUCGUUUGGAAGCGCGUAAGCCACGAAAGAAGAUUAAGAUUGCAGAGGAAGUAGAGGAUACAUUCAAUGCGAAAAAAUACAUGAAGUAUAUUAAGAAAAAAUAAUUAUUUACUAUAUUUCGCGGAUUAAUGUUGUGUAUCACGUAUGCGGCUGCUGUGUAGCGCAUUGUAAAUGUGUUUAAAAUGCAUUGAGCACAUGCCUGUUCGGUGAAUAAACGAUGUUAUUAUCAUGUUAAACAAA